CAAAGCUUUCAGAAUAAUAUAAAUGGAUAAAAUGCUGAGUUUUAACAGUCAAGAUUAUGCUUCUUCGUGACCAAGAAGGAUUCUAUUGUCACUUUGAAUGAUCGUUUUACUAAAUUUGGUAUGUGCAAGUCACCAAAGGGUUUUCUCCACUGAUACAGCUGAAUGUAGAGCCUGAAUAGAAUCAAUAAAGAACCAAUGGUGAAGACCCAAGUACGAGCAUAAGUAUGGUAAAUGCACCAUUGAUCAAGACGAGAGUCAAUAUGAACUCUGAAGUGAUACUAAUUCUUCUGAUUAUCAUAAAGGCUACUUAUUAUGCCCUUCAGAUGCUAGUUCUUGUGGGGUCCAGGUCAAAUGGACUGAUUCCCAUCUGGAGCAAUACCAGUUUGUGUCUAAUAAAAUUCCUGCAGAUGGAGUCUGCUGGUAUGAGCUGAGAAAGACCUCUAAUAAAAACUCAGAAUUUAGAGUUGAUAUCACGAGUUUAAAGGGAGAUUAUGAAGCAAAAGUAUUUACCAAAGGGCUUGAUGGAAUUGUAUCUGAAAUCGGUAAUAGUUCAGACAACUUUGGAGUGAAUUAUAAAAGCUCGAUCUUUGUUGUAAUUGCUCCUAGUCACUACUCAGAUACUUCCGUUACCAUCGAUAUAAAGGAGAAAGGGUAUAGGGAAUCCUUUUCACAAAAGUAUCACCGCAUCAUAUACACGCUAUUUUUAACUACAUCAAUCAUAGUUCUCUUACUAUUUUUGUUGAUAGUUUCUCUGUUUUAUUAUUCGAAGCGCCGGUCAAGUCAGAAACAGAAAAUAGUUCUAGAGCCAAAUGAUCAAGCGAAGAGAAUACUUUCUGUGGACAACUCCAAGUCUAUUGUGGCUAACUCUAUGAGAGAACUUAGGUUUAAAUCCUCUAUCGACGGUUCUCUAUAUGAUUCAGGUAAAAGGAGGUUUAAAAGGCCUGUAAAGAGAUUAUCAACAGCACAACUUGGAGUAUAGCUUUGGUACAGUCGAUGAGGAAGAUUU